AUGUUACAAGCUCCAGUAGGUAGUGCCUGGAGCCAAGUGCUCCCACACUCUACCUACUACGACCGCCGCCUGCGUCAAGGCCCCUCGCUCAUCCGAGCCCGACGACCAUACCUGCUCAAGAACUCUGUCACUGGCCUGGGACUUUUUGCGGUUGUGGGAAGCAUCUAUUACUACACCCUCAACGCCGUUGGCCAGGACAACUUCGACGAUGUCAAGGUGCCCGAUCAGCCUCAGAAAUCCGCCGGUUCCAAGUAA